AUGCGCCCGGGGGAGUGCCUCAUGGUCUCCCUGCAGGGCAAAAACAAGGGCGUGGAGAAGGGUAACAAGGAGGCAGAGGGCGUGGAGAAGGGUAACAAGGAGGCAGAGGGCGUGGAGAAGGGUAACAAGGAGGCAGAGGGCGUGGAGAAGGGUAACAAGGAGGCAGCAGCAAGAAGGAAGACGCAGUGGGGGGAGCAGUUUGCAUCGCAGAGGUAUGCUCAUGCCAUGGAUGGGCUCUUAUGCUGGUAUGCUCAUGCCAUGGAUGGGCACUUAUGCUGGUAUGCUCAUGCCAUGGAUGGGCACUUAUGCUGGUAUGCUCAUGCCAUGGAUGGGCACUUAUGCUGGUAUGCUCAUGCCAUGGAUGGGCACUUAUGCUGGUAUGCUCAUGCCAUGGAUGGGCUCUUAUGCUGGUAUGCUCAUGCCAUGGAUGGGCUCUUAUGCUGGUAUGCUCAUGCCAUGGAUGGGCUCUUAUGCUGGUAUGCUCAUGCCAUGGAUGGGCUCUUAUGCUGGUAUGCUCAUGCCAUGUAUGGGCACUUAUGCUGGUAUGCUCAUGCCAUGGAUGGGCAUGCAUGCAGGCAGGAGCCACUCCCCAAGGAGCAGGUGUUGGACCGCAUGGCCUCCCACACGGCGCACUGCACCUCCUGCUCCUCUGCCCUCGCCACCCUGCAGCGCGCACACCUGCUGCUGCCCACACUCUCCCUGCUCGCCACCGCUGCUGCUGUUGCUGCCCCCCUUGUGUUUCCUUCCGCCUCUAUUGUGUUUCCUCUUGUCCUGUUGCUGAUGUCAGCAGCUCUGGCAGUUGCUGCCUGGAAGGUGCACCAACUUAUCCCACAGUUCAUCUAUGUGGGUUGGGAUCUUUCCAAGACCUAA